AAGUGAAACAAAAAUCCGGGCACUCUAAUAUUCGACCUUGCCAACAGCUGAUACACAGAUCAUUGGACAUCGGUUCAUACAACAUUCAGUACUGAUAACAAAUAAAAUAAAGCAUUGAUAAAUUAUUUUAUAAAAACAAGUUAAAUUAAUAAUGUGUCGACUGCUGUUGGUUAUUAGCUGCCUCGCCGCGAUAAUUUUAAGUACAGCAGCCUAUGAUACAACUACUUGCGAUAAACUACAAGAAAUUUUCAGUUUGAAGGAAAAUCAGCUUACCAAGCACCAAUGUCCAAAAUCGAUAGGUAAGCGAGCAAACACAAUUUAUCUACUCUACGACGUAAAUCCACCAGAAGGUUUCAACUUGCGACGUGAUGUCUAUAUACGCCUAGCCGUAUUCAUACGCCAACUAGCGCGUCGUAAACCAUUUCAAAAUGUAAGGCUAGUGCUACCGCCCUGGCGCCGGUUAUUUCACUGGAAAUCUAGUCAUCUCCCCCAAUAUAGUCUGCCAUGGUCGCAAUUCUUCGAUGUGGAAAGUAUGCGUCGAUAUGCGCCUGUGCUGGAUUUUUCCGAAUUUUUGGAUGAUAUCAGCAAAUUCGGCCUGCUCGAGACGCCCUACAUACAGGUGCAAAACGUUUUCAAACUAUUCCAUUUUCAAGAUAUGUUCGAACAAGGCGUGUUUCACGAAAAGUUCCAAAUUAUAAGCGAAUGUCGUAAAGAAGAACACUUACACGAUUUUUUGUUGCAACAACCAAUGCUGUGGGAGAAGAACUUUACAUGUUUGCGCUAUCAGGGUAGCGUAAAUCUACUUGGCGACCUAUUGCGCCAACAGCUAAACCAUGCCGCAAUGCAGACGAAUGAUGUGAAAGUUUUUGCCAUACUCAACGCCGAGGUAGUACUGCACGAUCAGUGGGGCGAUAGAGAAUUCUGGCGCGCACGACGCUCCAUGCGCUUCGCCGAGCCACUAGUCAAAAUCGCAGAAGAGUAUCGCAUGCGUGAACUAAAUUCAAACAAAGCGCUUGAGCGUGUACAACGUCCGCCAAUUUGGGAGGAGGAGCGCCCUUUUCGUGCAGCGGUAGGUGGCAAUUACCUGGCCGUACAUAUUCGACGCGGUGAUUUUGCGCGUGGCAGACAAAACACCACGCCCACAUUGAAAUCGGCGGCAACGCAAAUACGUGCGCGAAUGGAACUAUUAAAUCUGACCACGGUAUAUAUAGCCACCGACGCCAGCGGCAUGGAAUUGACCAAUUUGAAAGCCUACUUGCAGCGUGUACGCAUGCGCCGCUUCACGCCCGAAUCGUUAGCACAAAAAGCGCUCAUCUUAGAUGGUGGCCAAGCGAUUAUUGAUCAAUUAAUUUGUGCGCACGCGCGGCACUUCAUAGGCACAUUCGAGAGCACAUUUACUUAUCGUAUAUAUGAGGAACGUGAAAUACUGGGCUUUCUAAGGAAGACCACUUUCAAUACGCUGUGCAAGAAUGCAUCUCGGGGUAAUUGUGAAUAUAACUCAAUAUGGCCGAUAGUUUACUGAUGUCAAAGCUGAAGUGCUGAUGGUGCAGCAAUUCAAGAAUUCCUUUUAACCUCAAAAGAAGGUAGUUCGAUUUUAGUUAAUGUAAUGUGUAUGUAUGUAUGGAUAUAUGUAAGAAGAAGGUCUUCAAGCUACUUUUGAAAGAUUUUCCCCUAAAACUGAUUCAAAUGUAUGGAGCUGACGGGCUGCCGGGCUGCCGUUUCUUGACGUCAUAUGUAAUUCUAGGAAUUUUGUUGUAAAAUAAUUUAAGUUCACUCAAUUUAUGUAUAAUAUAUAAGGUAAUUUUACAGGUGUACUCCUAAGAGGCUUUUUAAUAUUCAUAUUUUUUUAAUUAAUAAAUAAAAAAAGAGUUUGUUUAAAAAUUAAAGCUUUUUAAUGGAUAUUCAUUGUGAAUGGCACAUAGAGGACGAUCGAGAUUGUGAUUAAAAUAAACGAAUUUUAUUUUAAAUCCCUCUUAAAUUUGAAACUGAAAUCUUUAGUGUAGUUGGUAUACAAAAUGACACCCUUUAAAUUAAAGAAUUAAAUUUCCGCAUUUUUCUUGAGGUAAACUUUAUUAUUCAUAUUGUUUCAAUUUCAAAAUGUUUUUGUUUUUAAUAAUAUUUACUAGAUUUUAAUUUCUUUUAUUACAUUAUAAACCUUGUAUGUAUGUAUUUAUUUAUGUACUUGUGUAAGUAUUGGAAAUGCUACUCAUCUACAAUCAUGAAUUUUUGAAUAAUUAAAAAUUUAAAACUCCUUUUAUUUGAACAAUA